UGUGGUUGAGACAGAGUGGGCUGGGCUGUGGUCCUCUGCUCUCUGCUACUGCUCUCAAAUAACACUAAUACGAAUCUUUAAACGUAAUAUAGGAAUACACAACAAUCCCAUAAUGAGUUAGAGGACUGUAUGUGGUGUGUGCCAGCGCACUGAAUCAUGGGUCGGUGCAGAGUCCCUCUCCUCCUCCUCCUCCUCCUCCUCCACCUCCUCCUGCUGCAGGCCCUGCACACAUCGGCUGAAGGCUCAGAUGGACAGUUGACGUGUCUGUUUGACUGCCCAAAAUGCCCCCAGGCCACCCAGUGCCCCGGUACCCGCUGCUUCUCCUCCAUAAACCUGGACAGCAGCGGGGUGGUGUUUAAACACGGCUGCCUGGUGGGGCUGGAUAACAUCCAUCUGCAGUGCUCCACAGCUCCAUCCUUCAGACAAGCCAUCUUCUGCUGCUCCCAGGACAUGUGCAACAACAACAACACCAGGAGUUUGCUGAUGUCGUUGCUGCCAACAGCCCCAGAAGGGGAGCCCGUUCGGUACCGCGUGGAGACGUUGGCUCUCUUUGUGCUCGGUCCGGUGGUGGUGCUGGCUCUGCUGUCUGUGGUGUCAGUUCUGGCCUGCAGGAGGCUCCACCACGGCCGUCUGCAGAGGAUGCAGGAGUUUGACAAUGAGCAGGGAGCCAUAGACGGCCUCAUCACCUCCAAUGUGGGAGACAGCACUUUAGCGGACCUGUUGGAUCACUCGUGCACAUCGGGCAGCGGGUCGGGUCUCCCCUUCCUCGUGCAGAGAACCGUGGCCCGGCAGAUCAGCCUGAUGGAGUGUGUCGGCAAAGGGAGGUACGGGGAGGUGUGGCGGGGCCAGUGGCAGGGCGAGAACGUGGCUGUAAAAAUCUUCUCCUCUAGAGAUGAGAAGUCCUGGUUCAGGGAGACGGAGAUCUACAACACUGUGCUGCUAAGACAUGAAAACAUACUGGGCUUCAUGGCGUCCGACAUGACGUCUCGCAACUCCAGCACCCAGCUGUGGCUCAUCACCCAUUACCAUGAGAACGGCUCACUUUAUGACUACUUGCAACGAGUUGCCGUGGAGACGUCAGAGGGCUUAGCGAUGGCUGCGUCGAUAGCCGGCGGCCUGGUGCACCUGCACACGGAGAUCUUCGGCACAGAGGGGAAACCGGCCAUCGCACACAGAGACCUGAAGAGCAAAAACAUCUUAGUCACAAAGGAGCUGCGCUGCUGCAUCGCAGACCUCGGGCUGGCUGUGACCCACUCGCAGGCAGACAACCAGCUGGAUGUGGGCAACAACCCCAAGGUGGGCACCAAGCGCUACAUGGCCCCCGAGGUUCUGGACGAGAGCAUUCAGAUCGACUGCUUCGACGCCUAUAAGAGGGUGGACAUCUGGGCCUUUGGGCUGGUGCUGUGGGAGAUAGCAAGACGCACAUACAGCAAUGGUAUUGUUGAGGAGUACAAGCCUCCGUUCUACGAUCUGGUGCCAAAUGACCCCAGCUUCGAGGACAUGAGGAAGGUGGUGUGUGUGGAGCAGCAGAGGCCUUUCAUUCCUAACCGCUGGUUCUCUGACCCUACUCUCUCUGCUCUGGUGAAACUGAUGAAGGAGUGUUGGUACCAGAACCCCUCUGCACGGCUCACAGCGCUGCGCAUCAAGAAGACCCUGGACAAGAUCCACAGCUCUCUGGAGAAGGGCAAGGGGUCUUGAGGGGUGGGGAGGAGCAUCAUGGGAAGCUGCCUGAUCUCACUGGCCGGCUCAGAGAAGAGCCCCGUGUUUGUGAAAGGAAAAAGGACGAUAAAGGGGGGCCAGAGGAAAGAGUUAUUCAGGUGUCCCCCAGCCUCACCCUGCUCUGUGGUUGACACCCCUCUCUCUGACGAGCUCACAGACGUUUGGACCGGCUCUGUCUGAACACGCCAGGCUUUGUUACAGGACACACACACCUUGUGUUCGCACUGACCUGAACUACAGACUGUUACUGAGUGUGAAGAACAUGGAUGGCAUAUUGUAGUACUCCAUCCCAAUGCUUUAAUGCCCGCGUAAGACUGCUCACACACACACACACACACACACACACACACACACACACACACACACGCGCGCACACACACACACACACACACACGGUAUGCAGUGUGUCUACAUACCGAGUGUUUCUUACAAUUCAAUUUCUGAUCCCCAGCCAGUGUUUCGUGGCAUUCUGCUCAGAAGUGUUUCACUCAUUUAGCUUUACCAAAACAUGCCAACUAUUGCCACAAAGACACAGAUAUGUUCACUUACAGGAGGAAACGAGCCAAUGGAACUACAUUUGUUUGUUUUUAAAUGCUAUGAUAUUUAUUAAACUCCAAGGCUACCACACUACUGAGGACAUGUAAGACUGAUGGUAGGUGAAACUGACGUUAUACAUAUAUAGGCAUUACUCUACUGGACUCUCUGCACACAUACUGUCAUUAUUGGAACUAGUAAGAAAUUAUUUGUUGAGAAAUGGAGAGGAAAAAGUAGGAAAUUGUUUCUUGCUUGUUUGUUGUAUUUUUAAGAAAUAGGAUACGGUAUUACAGAUACUUGAUUACCCUCAUGGUCCCAGGAAUAGAUAAACAGGAAGUACCUGCCAAUAGGCAUUAGUCUGUAUUUUAUACUAGGGCUGCAUCUCUCUUCGGUUAAAUGAAAUCCUUGCGUCCCUCACUUGCGUCGUUUCCCUGCGUCUAGUCCCUCCCACCAGGGAAGCAUGGAGGACGCAAGGAAACCACGAGAAGCAGGGAAAUGAGUUUUAAGAGCAAUGGGACGUCGUUUCCUCCGGAGCGUCACGUGAAGCGAGGUCCGUUUGUGAUGAUGCCGCACAGCUGAUCGUGCAUGCACUGCAUCGUCCAAUCAGUGAGUGAUACACAGUAAGGGGGCGGGGCGAGUGUCAGGAUUUCACCGGAGGAUGGUCUGGUAGUUCCUCGAUUAUCGCUCCUCCGUUAUAACUCCUCGAUCCUACCGGCAAAAAUAAGGCCACUGGGACGGUACUCAAGAUGGCGCAGACAAAUCAACUUCCGGUGAUACCGAGGAGCGAGGAAAUGAAAAAUAACCGAAGUGAGACCCACCCUAGGGGUAUGAUCCUCCCUGCAAUCAGAGAGGAAUCCAGGAAAGCUUGUACCGCUGACAUUUAAAAGAAUAUUGGAGGUGAAGUUGUUUUGUUUCAGAAAAAGAGGGCUUCCAUAACAACUCUUCUCCCAUCAUGCCACACAAUUGCCUGAAUAACAAACAAAAACAACAUUUGUUCAAAAUGUAUUUAAAAACAGAUGAAGUUGCGUAUGUGUGCGGUUACAGAUCUUUGCAAAGCUGGGUUUGUUUUGGGAAAAUGUUGCUUUGUCUUUUUUUAUAUGUAAUAAAACAUUUACUGCA